AUGUGGGCCAAGAUCGCUGACGAGAUCGAUGUCCUGCCAGACACGGCAAGGAAGUACUCGACCAUCAGCGGCUUUGAUGAACUCGUUGCUUACUACCGCGAGCGUCACUUCAACGCUGAGGUUGAAGAGCACUUUCAUUCGGGCUCCCUCAAGGCGCUCCGAGCGUUGCAAGACCAGUACACGGCUGGGGCGCAAGAGGUGGCCGCCAUCGAGCGCCGUCUCGCUGCGAUCGAUGAGGCCAUCAUCGAAGCCCAACAGGCUGGUGAGGUUGAAGAUGCCCUCGCGCUGAUCGCGGAUCGCAACGAGCUCGCGAAGCAGAUUUACUCGAAGUCCAAGGUCACCACCCUCGCCGCCGGGAAGUAUCUCGACGCCAUCGGUUUUUCGACGCAUCGCAAGCGCAAGGCCGAGCUCGAAACCGAGAAGAGCGUCACCAACCACUAUGGGCAAACGGUGCGCCAUGAGGGUGGCGAGAAGCCGGUCGAGGCAUCCUCGCUGCCCUCGGACUCCCUCGACCGACUGAUCGCGCUGACGACACCGAGGCUGAAUAAGUACAUACCGCACGAGCCGCACCCCAAGCAGCAAGCCUUCCUCCUCCUCAACGACAUCAAGGAGGUCCUCUUCGGGGGGGCGGUGGGGGGAGGCAAGUCUGACGCGCUGCUCAUGGCUGCGCUCCAGUACGUCGACGUGCCUGGCUACAACGCGCUGAUCCUCCGCACGAGCCGCGCGGCUCUCAAGCUCCCUGGUGGGUUGAUCCCGCGCGCGGAUAUGUGGCUCUCGCAAACGGACGCGGUCUGGCGCGAGCAGGACAAGCAGUGGGUUUUUCCCUCGGGCGCCACGCUCACCUUCGGCUACAUCGAAGGGCCACGAGACAAGCUCCGAUACGCGAGUUCGGACUACUGCUUCAUUGGUUAUGAGGAGCUCACCGAGUUCCGACGCAAGGACGACUACACGUUCCUCUUCUCGCGUCUCCGCAAGCCGAAGCAUGGACCGCUCGCAGAUGUUCCGUUGCGUAUGCGCUCCACGACGAACCCGGUGGGGCCUGGCUUCGAGUGGGUCAAGCAGCGCUUUGUCGACACGCCCAACACGGUCAAGCGCGUCUUCUUGCCGUCGACGCUCGAAGACAACCCGUCGCUCGACCGCGAAGAGUACCUUGAGGCGCUCGCCGAGCUCGGGCCUGCCGUCGCCGAGCAGCUCGAGAAGGGUAUCUGGAAGGCGGUCGCCAAGGGGGACAUCUUCCGGCGCGAAGACUUCGUCCUCGUCAGCGAACCACCCGCGCAUGUCGGCCAGCUCAUCCGGUAUUGGGACCUCGCCGCGAGCGAGCCCACCGAUGCGAACCCGAACCCUGCGGCCACCGCGGGCGUGUUGAUGGGGCUCGACAAGGACAAAAACCCGGUCGUCUAUGAUGUCCGGUGGGGACAGCUUGGCUCGGACGCCGUCGAGGACCUCGUCGCUCGCACGGCCAGGGAAGAUGGUAAGGCGGUCAAGGUCAGGAUCUCUCAGGACCCUGGCCAGGCAGGCAAGGCCCAGAUCAACGCCUACGUCAAGCUCCUCGCGGGCUUCGAUGUCGCCGGCGUCAUCGAGUCCGGUGACAAGAUCGUGCGCGCGGGUCCUUUCUCCGCGCAGGUGCGGCGCCGAAACUGUCGCCUGGUCGCGGGGCUGUGGGUGCCCGGCUACCUCGACGAACAUGAAGGCUUCCCGACCGCGACCUUGAAGGACCGCGUGGACGCCAGCUCGAACGCGUACAACCAGCUCGUCGGCGCCAAGCCCAAGCUCAAAAUCCAAGCCAACAUCCCGGUCAUUCGAUGA